UAUAGAAUUAGUCCGCUUACCUUGUGCUUGACGAUAUCGAUGUCGGGUCCGUGCGAGCGGGUCUUCUCCUCCGCAGGGGAGACAGACACAACUCAGCGCAGCCGUCUCAGCCCGGACCUCAUGGAAGCUCUGCAAAUGCUGAAGUACAUGAUCCGUGAGAGUCGCCUGUCCUUCACC